UCUCUUCUCCGUGGUGAUCCGCGACAGGACCCGAGCAAAUGGCCUGGAGUUGUGUCAGGGCCAUGAGAUUCAGUUUGGAUAUUAGGAAAAGGUUCUUCCUCCAGAGGUGACUGGGCACUGAACAGGCUCCCCAGGGCAGUGGUCACAGCACCAAGCCUGACAGAGCUCAAGAAGUGUUUGGACAAAACUCUCAGGGUGUGACCUUGGGCUGUCCUGUCAGGGCCAAGACUUGGGCUCAAUGAUCCUUGUGGGUCCCUUCUAACUCAGGAUAUUCUAUGAUUCCAUGAUAAAUAUUUUUCGUGCUUUAAUUUAAAAUGCACAGGGAUUAUGCAGCAGAGGUAAAGAAGUGAAUCAAGACAACCAAACUUCAGGAUAGGGGUAAGGGUUUCACAGUAAUGGGGGAAAAUAGUCUGGACAGCUUAGUAUGAAGCGGAAUGUCAAGGAAGGUCUGAUUAAUCACAGCCACUUGUAGAUCUGGCUAGCUACUAGCAUUAAAUAAGCUUGCAAAAUAAUAACUUCCUAGUCUUUUCUAAAACAUCUAACUAACCCAGAUUGUUGAGUAAGUACAGAAGCUACUGAGUUGAACUUGUCAAAAAUAUCAACUGGAAAGCAGCUUCGCACAAGACUUAUUGGAACAAAGCAAUACCUAAUAGUUCACCAAAUAGCUUCAGCUUCCUAGUAUUCCCUGUACUGAGGCACAGAGAACUUGAGGGGAUAUCUGAGGUAUUAAAAUUCACAAAAUCCCUACUAUUUCUGUGGGUUUGAAUGGUACAAAGAGGAGGAGGUGCUCUGCAGUGGUCUGUAGGUCCCUGGAUCCCCCAGAUAAGCUGAAGGGACUUUAAGUGCUUUGGAUGGGGUCUGCCACAUUGACUGAUUGUUUUUCACAAGAUGCACCAGGUGCUGCUGGACAUAACUCUGAACCUCUCCUAGAGGCAGGGGCCUGAUCUUUUGGCAAACUGACAGCAAGGUUCAUGUCUGUGGCCUGUGAACCCCUUUUACAACCGAGGCCAUGAUUUAAAAGACCACAAUUUCCUCUAUGGCCUGCAAGGUGACAAGCCUCAACCUCGCAGCCUCGAAGAGGAGGAAGUUCCAGGCUGUGCUGGACAUCUCCACAGCUAUUCCCAUGAAAACUGUUCUGCCUGACUUCCCAGCUGGUGGGUGUUUGGGCCUGAAUUCAUAAGGCACACAGCUUUAAAAUCUAUAAAUAAUCACCAGUUAAACAUUCUGAAAUAAAGCUUGGAUGAAGUCAAGAGCCCAAACCUGCUGGUUUCUCAGAGAAUGCACUGGCUGUCUGAUUUUCAUCCUUCAUGCAGGGCAGAGCAGCUUCAGCAGAAGGGUGUGAGAGCUCUCCUUCUCCAUAGCAGAGCAGCCCAGAGACCACACUGCAGAGCUGUGGUGGACCUGAAGCUCCUGAAAAAGAAGAUGGUGUGAUGGUGUGACCUUUCUAUGAUCCCCCAAUCAGUGUGUGCAGUUACAGUAGCAGCACAACCACUGGAAUGGGGGUCAUGACAAAGAGACAAACCAUGGAUUCAGUAUUUGUGCCUGAAAAUGGCUACCUUGAUUUACUGCACAGUGAUAUUGACCCAUUGCAUCUGUGUACUUUCUUUGAUCCUAAGUCAUCUGGAGAUGAAGAAGGUGACUUCUCUACAGAUCUUGAAGUUGAUGCCAGCAACUAUGAACAGUUAAAUAAUAUGGAUUUCCCUUAUGAAAAUGGAGACGGGUUCUACCCCUGUUGCAACACCACAGAUGCUUACGCUAAAAUAGCUGAAUUAGUAGAAUAUGUGCUCAAGGAUCAGCAGGAGAAGCAGGUUGAAGACAUUUUUGCAGGGAACCUUAUUUUGGAUGACAUUGCUGCUGAAAACACUGAGAAAUUUCCUGACAUAAAGAUGCAGUCAUGUCUUAAACGAACUUUCUUAGGCUCCCCAGCAGAGAGUUACUGUGAUGCUUCAGAACCCAAAUAUAAGAAAACUGUGGAAGUCCCUGCAGCUUCCCCAGGGAAUGGCAGUUUCUUUGCUAUGCCUCUCAACAGCCACCCAGUGAGCUGCACCUCCCUAACUAACCAGCACAUGUCCUGUUCUGUUCCUGCUGCCCAUGGGCUGGAAAGAAGCCUCAUAAUUCCUGGGUUGUCAGAACCUUUGACCUCAGAGUGCCUACCAGUCAGUGUGAAAGGGUACCAAGAGAAUCCGGGCUUGGCAGGUCCUCCUCAGCAGAUAUUUAACUUUGUUCUUGAAAAUAAUACAUCUGAUGUUCUAGUAUAUCCAGUGCUGACAUCUUCCAUGGAAACAUUCAUGUCUCCAAGUUUUCCAGUUAAUUUAUGUGAUUUAGAGAAAUUUCAAGAAACUCAAGAUUCUAUAAUUCCUUCUGAAGAACCUUUUAAAAGACCAGAGCAAGUGGAAAGUUUCUGUUCAGCCCUUAAGGAUUAUUUCCGAGACACGUGCAGAUCUGUGAGCAUGGAGCGGGAAGUAAAUCUGGAUCACCUGUUCAUUGAUGGGACACUUGUUCAAAGUCAAGCUGAAACCAAGACUGGAAAGAAUAGUGCAAAAGCAAUGGAAAAGGAGCUGGUAACCUGCAGCCUGCAAGAGAAGGAAAAGACAGCCAUUGAUAGAAGCCAAAUAUUUCAAAUCCCACAGCGUAAAGACUUGGAGACUAAAGUGAUUGUGGUGCUGGGAAAAGCAGGAAUGGGCAAAAGCAUUCUUGUUCAGAAGAUCUGCCAGGACUGGUCCAAUGGAGAGUUUUCUCAGUUUGAAUUUGUAUUUUGGUUUGACUGCAAACAAAUAAGCUUGCCUGAGAAGCAAUACAGCCUGAAGGAGCUGCUGCUUGAAUUUUUUGUAAAACCUCAAGAGGGAAGCAAAGAGAUCUUUGAGUAUAUCUUGCAAAAUCCUGAUAAAGUCCUUCUGAUUUUUGAUGGUUUUAAAGGGUUGCACGAUCACGAGAAUUUUCCUCGUUGCUCAGCCAGCCAGCCUGAAAAGGAUUUGUGCAGUAUAAAGGAGCUGCUUUCAGGACUCAUCCAAAAAAAGAUACUCAAUGGCUGUACUUUAUUAUUUACAGCAAGACCAAAAGACAAACUGUACCAGUACGUGUCCAAAGUGGAUAAGACUAUUGAAAUUGUAGGAUUUUCCCCUCAGCAGAGAGAACUGUACAUAACCAAAUACUUUGAAGAAUCACUCUACUGUGCUAGUGCACUGAAAUUAAUCAGGGAGUGUGAGUACUUGUUCAGUCAUUGUUACAGUCCUGUUAUGUGUAGGUUUGUUUGUUUUCUCUGUGAGACAGUGCUUGAAAUGGGAGAGAAAAGCCUUCCUUCAACUCUUACUGAAGUCUUCCUGAAAUUUUUUCAGCAGAAGAUAAUGUUUAUGCAAACAGAUGUUACAACCACACAAAAUCAAGAGAGUCUUGCUACCCUAGCUCGUGUAGCCUGGUGUCUUGGAGAAAAGCACCAAAGCGCCAUGAAAAGUGAUCUUAUUCCUUCUAAGGAAGUUAAAGAGUUUGCUCUAAAGUAUGGGUUUUUCCUGCCAUUUGCAUUCCCCAGACAUUCAGAUAGUGAAGAAGAGGAAUUUGGGAGCACAUUCUCUGAUUUUGUCAUUCAGAAUUUCUUGUGUGCACUUCACCUUUUGUUAGCAGAAGAGCUCAAGGAUAAAAAUCUAACAAAGUACCUAUCUUUUCUAUCCAAGAAGAAAAAACCUUAUAACUGGUUAGAUUUAAUGCCUCGAUUUUUGGCUGGUUUGAUGUUCCUCCAGGAUGACCCCUACUUCUGCUCUCUUUCAAAUGAGGAUGAAAAACAAUCAACAAAGAAACAGAAGACACUCUUGAAAUACAUCAGAAGGCUGCAGAUUAAUAGUCUCUGUCCAGAGAGGCUGCUGGAGCUUUUGUGUUGUGUUUAUGAAACACAGAACAAUUAUCUUCUGCAGCAUGUGGCCUUAAGACUCGAGCCAGAGUUGUCUUUUCUGGGCAUGGUUCUCACACCACCUGAUGUCCAUGUACUGCACUCUAUUUUGAAAAGGUCAAGAAAAGAGUUUUCCUUGGAUUUGCGGAACAGCAGCAUUGACAUGCAGGGGCUGCAAGCCUUGGUGAGCCUGAGGAAUGUGACAUCAUUCAGGGCUUCUCUCAGUGACACAGUCAGGCUCUGGAAAUCUUUAGAACAAAGAAAAGACUACGAACUGCUGAAAGUAUCCACAGAGAAAUUUGUUCUUGAUCCCUUUAAGGCAAAGACAAUGAAGGACAUCAGUGACCUCUCCGACCUUGUAGAGAUGCAGGAGAAGAUGAUGAAUUGUGUGCAAGAAGCAUCUGGUUGCACCAGCUAUGAAAUUCCUGCCAUCAGAAACCUCAGAAAAGUCGAAUUUGCGCUGGGUCCAGCAUGUGGCCUUCAAGGAUUGCUAAAACUCGUGAAAAUUCUUGCAGCAUUUCCAUCACUUCAGCAUUUAGACCUUGAUGCUCUGAGUGAAAAUGGCAUAGGAGAUGAAGGAGCAAAGAGUCUGUCUGAAGUCUUUCCAACCCUGACAUCACUGGAAACAUUAAAUUUAUCACAGAAUAAAAUAACAGACCUGGGUGCAGAGAACCUCGCUGCAGCUCUCCCUUCCUUGUCUUCCUUAAAAACACUAAGCUUGUACAAUAACAGCAUUUGUGAUUUUGGAGCAGAAAAUCUGGCAAAGGUUCUUCCUGCAAUGAAAUCUUUAAGAGUGCUAGAUGUUCAGUAUAACAAAAUAACUGGUGUUGGAGCCCAGCAGCUGACUGACAGCCUACGCAAAUGUCCCCAUAUAAAGAACCUGGUGAUGUGGAAUCCCACCAUUCCCUAUGGAGUUCUGGAACACCUGCACCAGCUGGACUCCAGGAUCAGUGUGUAGAGUCAGAGGAUUCCAUAAAGGUGUCAUAAAGAAGAGGGGAGGGUGUCCUCUGUGUUUUCCUGUCUUCUUGCUGCUUUAUGAAUUGGUGUUCUCGUGUUUGUUGCAAAAAAAUCACAUUUAAGUUUCUAAGCAAUGCUUAAAUUGGGUGAAUUACAGAAUUUUAAAAUGCUAUUCAAAAAUCCAACUGUAUUUCUACUUAAGUAGUAAAAGUUAAGCAACAUCAAAGAUGAAAAGAGCAUCUGGAUACUGUGACCACCAUUAAAGGAGACCAGGAACCACAAGGAUAUUGUGAGUAUAAAAUUCCAUCAAGUCAUUGAAGAACAAACUGAAAGCUGCUCAACCUGCAACAUCUGAAGCACUGACAGAUCAAAUCUGAUUGUUUAUUUCAUGGUGCCAAUGAUAACUGCCAUCAAAUUUGAUCUGAUGAUUUUGGACUUUCAAAACUCAGUGUUACAGAUUUCACCUGUCUGUAUGGACUGAUUGGAAGCACUAGGGUGAGGAGCAUAAAAAAGAGUCAUCAGCCCUAGAAAAUGUUCUGAUAAGAUUAUCCACAAGAUUCUAGAAGUUGCUCUUUUCUUCUCUAAUAAUCAGUGCUGCCUUAAGGGAUAGAAACAUAUCUUCUAUGACUUGUUACAGAAUCCUUCAAAAAGAUUGGGGGAAAAAGAAAGAAGUAAUGAGAAGAAAGGAAUUGAAAGUGAAAAACUAUGAAGGAUUCUUCUAACAUUAUUGUAGAAAUCCAAAUAGAUAAAAAUAGCCAGUUUAUGGCACACCAAUCCUCAAACAAUCUUUAAAGGUUUUUACUUUGUCUCAAAUGAGAACUCUGAAUUCAUAUACCUGGAUUGUUAUUUCAUUUCUUAAAUGCAGCUGGCAGCAUAAAUGUUUACAAGCACCAGUUUUAUACUUGACAGUGAUAUCACUACUGUGUGGGGUUUAUGUGGCCUUUGGUUCAGAGUUAUGAGUAACCAGGCAGUCAGACAAAAGCACAUUUCAAAGCACUGUCAUGCUUAUGCUGCUGGUCUCAGUCAUAUGUGGGCCAAAUAUUCAUCCUGCUGACUGCAACAGCAAACCAAUUUUCUCUUUUAUUCUUUUUUUUCUGCUCUGUGAACAUGAAGAGAGCUUAAAAUUGUGCAGAGGCAAUUGUCAGGUCAGGAGCCUUCCUAUCCAGAUACAGACUGAGACAGAACAACAAAAAGGGCUGGAAAAAGCUAGGAAUGCUCAAAAUGCUACAAAUUGGGAAGUCCUUACUUCACAAUUAGCUCAGGAUUAGUUCAACAACCUCUUUGAAAUCUCUUCUGCUAGGAAGCACUGACAAUACCAACCCAAGGAUCUGUGCAAACUAGAAUCUCUCAACUAACCUCCCAAAAACUCUGUUUCUUGGUCUUUAAAAAUUCCCAGAUUUAAACAGCUCAAAAUCACAACAUCCAUUGUCUUUCCAGCAAGUUCUGGAAAGUUCUCUGCUUAAGCAGGGAUGUAGACAGAUUAAAGAGAGUGGACAAAUUAAAGAAAGAAGGGAGGAAUAAAGGUCUGUUUGUUAUUUCUGAGAGCAGGGAAUGAGACGUGACAUGUAAAGGAACAGAAAGCAAGGUGGGAAAACUCUGUGGAGAAUAUGAUUGUAAUUAGAUGUGGUGUUUUUCUUAACUAUCUGCAUGGUUCUCUGUGGCCAAACUCUAGCCAGAGCCAUGGAUAAAAAUCUUACUUAUUCUCUCCUCUUGGAGCUUGAAUGGGAGGUAGUUUUGAGUCAAAUCUGGUGUGAUAUUCCCAUCAGCCUGUGGCACUCCAGCUACACACAUCCGUGGUGAGCCCUUGUCUUGACCUCUCCUAACUAAGCUUUGGAUGACAAAUGCCCUUUAGGGAUAUAUUCUGCUGCUGAACUUUACCAUGACUGAGUCUCAGAAUGUGCUAAAUAUUCCACAGGCAGCUGAAUGUUACAGGAUGCUGUCUGGACUGCUAAAAUCACGUUGGGUGUACUGCUGUUCUCUGAAUUAGUGGGAAUGUAUGUUUAUAAUGUACAGAUUGUAAAUUUUGAUACAGUGUUUUGGUUGUCUUUACAUAUCUUUUUUAAAGUAUUAAUAAAAGUAAGUAUUCUGUUUAACAGUA